AUGCCGCCGGUGUACAAUGUCGCAAGCUUGGCCGAACGCCAGGCCAAAUGUGCGCCCCUGUUCGCGGAACUCCGCUUGGUGCUUCCGGAUCCGGAAAGUCAGCUGAUUACCGACCCCAAGAAGCUGCAGGAGGCAUACAGCAGCGAUAAAUCGUUUUGCGUGCCGGUGACGCCCGCCGCGGCGGUACUUCCGUCCAGCGUCGAGCAGGUUGCGGCGGUGGUGCGGCUGUGCGCGGCUCACAAGAUCCCCAUGACGCCGCGGGGGGCCGGAACCGGCCUUGAGGGCGGCGCCAUUGCCCUCACUGGCGGUGUGGUGAUCGACGCAGCCAGGCUGCAGCGGAUGGACUUUGAUGUAAGGAACGCCGUUGUCUGGGUGGGGGCUGGUGUGCGGAAGCUGAGGCUGAUGAAGGCGGCGCGGGAGCACGGCCUCCUCUUCGGCCCUGACCCUUCCUCGAACCCGUGUGUGGGGGGGAUGGUGGCGACCUCCGGCAGCGGCAUGACCACCCUCAAGUACGGCACCACCCGUGAGAACGUCCUCGCGCUUCGCGUUGUGACGCCGCAGGGCAACGUGAUGGACACCCGCAGGGUGGUGCGCAAGACCUCCUCGGGGCUGGAUCUGACGCAGCUGUACUGCGGGAGCGAGGGCACGUUGGGCGUUCUGUGCGAAGUGGCCUUCAAACUGUGGCCGCUGCUGCUGCACAGCGCCGGCGGCGUGGCCACGUUUGAUUCAACGGAGAACGCCGUAAAUGCCGUGGUGGCGCUGAAGCUUCAAGGCGCGCCGACGACCCUCCUGCGCUGCGAGUUGCUAAACAAGGAGGCCGUGGAGGCCUCGAACAAGUACAGCAAGCUCUCGCUUCCAGUCGCGGCCACGGUAUUCCUGGAGUUUUCCGACAGCGACGCCUCUCUGCGUCGUAUACGCGCCGACUUCAAAACCGUCUCGAAUAUUUUUCGCGUCGCGGGAAAGGCCUGCUCCAUGCGUUUCCUGAAGGCUGGAGACGAGUUGGACGCCGUGUGGGAGGCCAGGCGUGGCUGCUUCUACGCCGCCAUGCAAGUGCGGGGGAAACCGGAGAGGGUGCUCACAACGGACGUUUGUGUCCCGCUAACGGAGUUGCCGGCCGUCAUUCGGGAGACGGAGGAGGACUUUGCGGCCCACAGAGUCCCCUGCCUCGUUUGCGCGCACAUCAGCGACGGCAACUUUCACCUCAAUGUGCCCUUCGGGGACGAGGAGGAGUACCGGCAACUGCGGGUGCUGGAAAGUCGCCUGACGCAGCGCGCCCUGGCAAGGGGCGGGACGAUCUCUGGCGAACACGGCGUGGGCGUGGGGAAACUGAAGUACGUCACGCAGGAGCACGGCGAGACGCACAUACGCGUGCAGGAGGCGAUCAAAGCCGCGCUGGACCCCGACAACCUGAUGAACCCCGGCAUUUUCUACCCCAACCAGCAGCGGUUGUGCCACGCCGCACGCCUGUAG